CUGGGCCGCGCGUGUCUCCGAAGGGAGCCCGCGCUCUGGCUGCCACCUCCUCGUCAGCGCCCUGAGGUGCGGCGCGUGUUGCCAUGGGGAAGGCCAGGUCCGCCGGAGCGCGCAGGAAGGCCCCCGGGGCCCCGGCGGGCGCGCGGGGCGGCCGGGCGAGGCCCAGCGCCAACCCGUUCGAGGUGAAAGUCAACCGGCAGAAGUUCCAGGUCCUGGGCAGGAAGACGCGCCACGACGUGGGGCUGCCCGGGGUGUCGCGCGCGCGGGCCCUCCAGAAGCGCACCCAAACUUUGCUAAAGGAAUACAAAGAAAGGGAUAAGUCCAACGUAUUUAGAGAUAAACGCUUUGGAGAAUACAAUAGCAACAUAAGCCCGGAGGAGAAGAUGAUGAAGAGGUUUGCUCUGGAACAACAGCGACAACACGAAAAAAAAAGCAUCUACAACCUAAAUGAGGAUGAAGAACUAACUCACUACGGCCAGUCUCUGGCAGACAUUGAAAAGCAUAACGACAUCGUCGAUAGUGACAGCGAUGCCGAGGACCGAGGCGUGCUGUCGGCCGAGUUGACGGCGGCCCACUUUGGAGGAGGUGGCGGGCUGCUUCACAAGAAGACCUCUCAACAGCAAGGCGAGGAGGGGGAACAGCCAAAGUCACGCCAAGAGCUGAUUGAGGAGCUCAUCGCCAAGUCAAAGCAGGAGAAGAGGGAGAGACAGGCUCAACGAGAAGACGCCCUUGAACUCACAGAGAAGCUAGACCAAGAUUGGAAAGAAAUCCAGACUCUCCUGGCCCGUAAAACACCCAAAUCCGAGAGCAGAGGUGGAAAGGAGAAACCCAAGCCUGACGCGUACGACAUGAUGGUCCGUGAGCUCGGCUUUGAAAUGAAAGCACAGCCCUCGAACAGGAUGAAAACGGAGGAGGAGUUGGCCCGGGAGGAGCAGGAGCGGCUCAAGUGCCUGGAGGUGUUUGGGGGCGCGGGGCAGGGGGGCGGGGGGCAGCGGCGCUCUGGGAAGCUGCUGCGACCAUAAAGGCCCUAUCCACUU